AUGUCAACAAUCAUUUCACUAAUUGAUCUAAAAUCCUCCUCGGAAGACAACAACAUUGAUCAAUUAUUUAAAUAUUUAAAGCAAUCACUCGCUUCCAAAUUCCUCCAAUUUUCUUUAAAUUUUAAACUUGUACGAACGUUGAAUGUUGCUAAUUUCGAGCCGAGCUUUGAUAUUGCAAUUUCUAAUUGUUUCGACGUAAUUAUUGUAGUUGGUGGAUCAUCAUUAAUGAUUUUCGAUAAAUCAAAAGUUGUCACCUCUGAAAAUUCCCUUUUAUUUGCUGUCAAGUAUAAGGAAUUUGUGUUUCAUUGUUUGCGAUUGGUGAAUGAGAAUUCAGAGGAAUUUAUUUAUGCAAGUACAAGUGGAGGAAUUAUUAAAAUUAGAGUGAAGGAUUUGAUGGAAGGAAAGGAAGGAAUUGUGUGGGAAUGUAAAAAAUCAAACACGAAUAUUUGGGGGUUGGAUUUGAUGGGAAAUCAAGUGUUUUUUCUUGAUUACAAUAGAUCAGUAGUUUGUAAAGCAAAUAAGGAAACAGGAAAGGAUGAAGGUGAAGAUGGGAUUAGUUUAGUUAAUGGAUAUGGAAUUGAAUUUUUAUCUGAAAGUGAAAUAUUAACAUCCAAUCAACAAUCUUUGGAAAUUUUCAAAAAGCAAGAAAAUAAUUGGAUCUCUAAAAGAAGAGUGGUCAUUCCCAAGUGUUCAACUGCCUAUUCAAUAUUUUAUGAGAAGGAAUCUGGAUUAGUUUACUUAUCGGAUACUGAAAAUCAUCGAAUUUUUGUCAUUAGAUUGUUUGAUUUCUCAAUUGUAAAAACAUUUGAAGAUUCUAAUGCCUUUUCAAGAAAUUUUGGAUUGUUUGUUGAUAAGAGAACUGGUUUACUCUAUGUUAUUAAUAACAAAUCCAAAGAAAUUUCAAUUUUUCAAUGA